CUGGGCAGGAAAAUGCCUCUUGGAAGGGCUCAACUUCGCUUUACCCGUACUGUUGCAGACAAUAGUUUGUCACUGGUUUAUUUGUUCUUUAAGAUUUUUAAAAAGUUUCAUAUAUAAUUUAACUACUGUGUGUUAGCUUUAUGGUUGUGAGAAGAACAAAACUGGAAGAUGCACAAACUGGGUGACAAGUUUGAUUUGAAAGAGGCUGAGAUUAUAGCGGGACGGAGAAACUUGGAAUCACAGAGGCAGAACAGGAUUUUUAAUGCCAGAGUCAGAACAAUUGGGAUUGAUAAACAGGCAUUGGAUGGCCAAAUCAAAGAUAAGAAAAUUCAUGAAGAGACAGAGGCUAGAAAACAUUUAGCCUAUGCUAAGGAUUUGAUUCGCCAUGACCAAACAAUGUGCCUCCUGGAUGCUCGGCACAAGCGUGAUGUGAAGAAUUUAAACAAGGCUAUUGGUGAAUUUCGUAUAUGCUACCAGAAACCUGAAACACGUCGUGAAUUUGAUCUGAAUGAUCCACAAGCUUUAAAAAAAGAUGUUCCUACCCGAAUUUCAGAUACUGAUCCUCGUUGCACUGUAUCCAGUAUACAGAAGCUACCUGGGGAAGAUUUACAACGACAAGAACGGAUUAAACGUCAACAGGAACAAACCAGGGAGUGGUUACUUGCACAGCAGAAAGAUUUGAAGAAUGCUUUGGAAGACCAGAACUUUGCAAAUAGUCUGUAUAAUAAAUAUAGGAUAGCUCAGGACCAAAGAGCUUGUGAACUUCAACAAAUGGAAGAAGAUAUGAAGAGAGCAAUUACUGUGGCAACAAAAGAUUUUAAUCAGGCACAGGCAACUGAAUCUGCUACAAAACGUAAACUUGAAAAACUCCAAGAGCAAGAAGAUAAUGCAAUUGACAUUCAAAACCAAAUGUACAGUGAUUUCUUAACAGAAGACCCAAAACAGGCAUUUAGUGCGUUUGGACCAAAUCGAGUCAUUGUACAUCGCUGGAAAGGAAUGACACCAGACCAGAUAGAUGAUGUUACUCGCAAACAGAAGCAACAGGUCCAGGAAAAAAAGAAAAUCAAUGCAAAGCAGUCCAAAUAUGCAGACGAAUGGGAAAGGCUGCGCAGCAACGAUGCUCGGGCAGCUGUGCUUCUUGAACGACAGCAGCAGCGAAUGAAUCGGCAACUUCGGAAGGAAAUGGACUGCCAAAACAUACUGCUGUGCAGGGAUCAUAAGGCACGGGAGAAAUUUCUGAAAAAUGAGGUCUACGUGAAUGCUCCAACUGGAAAAUAUUUCGAUCAAUUUAACACAUCCAGCCGUUGAUAUGGAAUAAAAGAUUAUCUUCUACCACAUUCCAAUAUGUUUCAAGAAAAUAUUUCACUUUUUGUUCUCAUUAAGAAUGCUUUCCUAUUGAAAGAAGCACCAUAAGGAAACUAUAAUAACAUUUCAAAUAGUAAAUUUAUUAUUAUUUUGAAUUUGAAAUUAUCUUACAAUUAUUCAGUAAUUUUGCAUUUUAAACAGAAGCAACAAAACAUUUUUGAAAGGAAACUGCAAUGCUUUUCUUUUGCCUUUGUAACCAUAUAAAAAUAUUUGAAAGUAAACUAAUACGCAACAUAAAAUCCAUCUAUCCAUUUGGUUUUUUGGAAAUUAAACUUUCCAUGAUGUAAGUGUCAGCUUACCCCUUAAAAACAAUGCUGAGUUGGUCUGCAAGUUGCAGUUAUUUUGCACAAUGGUGAUAAACAGCUGCUGUUAACUAACUGCCUCAUGAUGAGGUCUGCAAUCAUCAGGUUAGGGUCAGCAUGCUUUAACUAGUUUCGGACAUGGCUGAUGUAUAUUGAAAUGUGAGACUGUAUCAUGAGUCCCCCAGAAAAUAUUGUACUUUUAUAUGUCUUACUACAUAUUACUGUAAUUUUAAAAAAUGAAUUUCUUAAGUGACCAGUCUUUCAGCAUAACAAUAAACCAUAGAAUCUUGGAAUAAGUGUAUGAGUAUUAGGACACUUGGCAUGUGGCCAGUCUGCAUGUUUUCCAUUGAGAGCUUGGCAGGUUGUGAAAUUCUUCUGUAAUGGUGUGCUGUGGAAAACUUUAGGAGUUUUAAAAAAACCGUAAAAGACCUACAAUUCAGGAAUGUGAAAAGUAUAAGCAACAUACCUGUGUUUCUAAUAAAAAUGGUCAGCUGUAGAAUACUCAAUGAUUUAAUAUCAACAGUUUUCUUCAAUUGCAUUUUUAAGAUAAUACACUUGGAAAACCAUUCUGGUAUGUUCCAUUGCAUAGAAAUUUAAUGUUUAUCUAAUAAACUGCAAAAAAAGCUGAUUCUUAUCAAAGCAGAUAAACAUUUUCUGACACAGCCUUCGUUUUUCUCACCAGUACUUUUUCAAAACCUAUAGGA